GUAGCAGACAACUUGUUGCUGACAGACGACUAUUGUCCGAUCACAUUCACAUGCACUCAAACCAUUUAAGCCUUAAAUAUAAACAUAAAUAUACUUGAUCAUAUAGUAUUUGUGUCAAUUUGUUUCUUCUUUCAUGAAAUAAAUCUUGCCGCAAGAAGACACAAUGCCAACUUUACGAGGAAAUAAAAGAAAAACGGAAGGUAAGAUUGUUGUUAGAGUCUACUAUUACUACUACUACUACUAGUAAUUAAAGUAUACGUAGUAAUAACCGUAGUACUACUUUAAUUACAAAAUUCAAUAUUCAUAAAAUUGCUGUCAUCCACCCAUCACAGUGUAACGAUGUGUGUAGACUUCGCAGGAUGAGAUACACAGGAUGGGAUUAUUCUUUUAGAGUAUAAGUUAUAAGCUGGUUCCCUACGCCUACAGCCUAUGGCCUCUCUCCACGCUGCUGGAUAACCCAAGGGCGUCGCAGAAGUUGGCGGAAUGUUUCAUUGUGCCAAUGUUAUCUGCCUUCUGGACUCCAUCUCUGGGUUGUAAUUCAGAAUUUCCUUCUCUUAGAUAUGUUGCCAUCCAAGGUUAACCAGUCCCAUCCACCCGGGGUGCUGGUGAUGUUCUUAGUUGCUUUGGCUUUGACUUUGGACCAUAAACUUGAGAUUGGCUCAGUUUAGACCAGUGGUUCCAAAACUUUUAAGUUUGGCGGACCAGUAAACAAGUUUUGAAAUUUUACCAGGGACCGGUGCAUGAUAUAUUUUUAUACUUUUAUUUCUAUUUGACAAUAAAUAUUUAUGUUAUGGGCAUUAGGCAUGCGGACCGGUGAAGGUACACUGACCGCCAUCUGGGGACCACUGGUUUAGACCACUUGGCCACCCAAUAUCAUAAAAUAAUUAUCAUACUAUUCAUACAUCAAUUUCAAUAAUAGCUGCGGUAAAUAAUGCUAUCAAUUUAUUAUUUUUCCCAUGCACUAGCUACUCUGACAGAUCAUUGACAACUUAAAUGACUUAAUUAUUUUUUACCAGUUGCCCAGCUAAUUUUAUAUCAAAUUUCAUUUCAUUAAAAUGUAUAGUACGAGUAUCAUAAAUUGUUAUAGAGUAGCAAAACAGCAAUUGUCAAUUGUUAAGUUGGUAACAUUGAUUAAAUUCAAGUAUGAAACUAUAUUACUUAUUUCUUAUUAAUUAUUGAUCUCUUGUUUUUUAUGUUGUGAGGAUGUUUACCUUUUCUUGUCAGAUGACGAUAAUUUGAAAGCAACAGCAAAACCUAAACAAAAACGUGGAAAACAAGCAGUCAGCACCAAUGAUACGCUAGGGUAACAAUAUUUUUUUUGAAUUCCUAUUUUGUUUACAAAUAUAGCCUAGUGGUUAUGUUUUUUGUAGUUUAAUUUUAACACACUUCUUAAAAUUAUUGUGAAGUGAUAUCAAUGUCAAAGAGGGCGUCAUGGUAGCCGAGGAGCGAAGAAUGGAAGAGGCUGCAGACAGAAGAGCUAGGAGAAAGGCCAAAACAUUUAGAAGCACGGAACUCGUGUGUAAAAACUGUGGUAAAGACUGUCACUCAAGGAUAGGACUGCACAGCCACUCGAGAAAAUGCAACCCAACCCAAUGGUGAUGCACCAUCGUCUCACGAGACGGAAGGAUGCCGAUAUCAAUGUGACAUAGAUUGAAAUUAGAAUAUUUCAAAUGUGAAGAAAUAUAUGCGAUAUAUAUUACUUGACAUACUUUUAUUUUUAGACACUAAAACAGAUUGUUGAUUAUUGAAUUUUAUUUGGCAUUGCAAACAAUAAAGACAAUUUGUAAAUAGCGGGACUGUAAAGAGUGACCUUUUUCCCCUUUAUUUACUUUGUUUUUUUAAAAUCUUUUUCUUUACUUCAACUCAUUUAAUUCUCAUCAAAAUCUUUUUAAUGGUUUUAUCUUCUCUAUUCUCUGCUUUGUUUUAAGGUUAGCUGAAGUCCAAAAAGAUGGCAACAAUCCCAACAAAAGUGGAUCAAUACAACUUGUGAAAGAUAUUACACAAGAAAGUCCAGCCAAAGGGAAAGAUGACAUGGCAAGUGCAGUUAUGGGUAAUAGAAGCCUUGACACUCAAACUAUACCUGAGAACCUUCAAGAAUCAUUUCAUGCAACAAAUCCCCAGCAAAUCUAUUUAGAAUCAAAUCAGCAUAAAGUUAAGCUAUGCAUGGAAAUCGAUGAGAUUUUAAAUAAUGAUUGCACAGAAACUGCCGUGACGGUGUCACCAGUUGAAGUUACAAGUGGAGCAUCAUCAAGUCAGAUGGACCUAAAAGUAGAGAAAGUCAUAACUUUAAAUAGUGAGCCCGCUCCUGAAGAAAAGAAAAUGGAAACAGAAAAUAGUGAUGAUGUUCAAAUCAAAGAGGCGACUUGUAGUUUGCCUUUAUUAAUGAACAAUGACCCUCCUCAAAAAAAUCAUCUUAGUAAAGUUCAAGAAUUAGUUUCAAUGGACAAUGAUAAGGAGGUGCCAUUCAGUAACGACAAUGACUAUAAACCAGAGUCUGUAGAUGAAGUAAACAUUCAACACCAUCAAAAAAUAUCUUAUGACACCGACAAGAAAGAAAAAGUCACAAUGAGAGGAGAUGAUAGUGAUGUUGCAUCUAUAACAUGUAAUUCCAGUACAGCAGAAGACAAAUGCAACAACAUAGCAGUUCAUGGUGAUGAAACAGAGGGGCCAGGAUUGCUACAACAAUUAGGAGAAGUGAAAGAUGCCCCAAUGACAGCUCAGUUCCAGCCACAUGAUGCUUGCAUUAUUAUAGAUCAAAAAGACUUCUUGGAAAUGAAAAAUAUAACAAUGGGUUUUGAAAAGGAUGAAUGUAAAUUACCAGAAGAUUGUUUAAUUCCGAUUGAGCAAGGGGAUGUAGCUGAAGAAAAAAGUCUAGAAAUUGUGACAUGUCCAGACAAAUCUAUCAGGAAUAUUGUAGAAAAUGUGACAUGUCCAGAUGAAUAUGUCAGUAUUGUCAGGAAUAUAGUAGAAUCCCAGGGCAAAUUGGAAUCAGAUAACCUGAGCCCUCAACAGAAUGAGACAGUGGUUAAUCAAGAAGAUGACCUAGUAGAAAAGAAAACAACUCUUGAAAAAAAGGUGCAAGCUAAUAAUAGCUCUGAAAGUUCACUUACUGGUGAAAUAAACAAACAAUCUUGUGCAAAUGUGGAAGGAAAUACUGGGGGGGAAAUUAAAGAAGUCCUCGAUGAAAACAUGCAAGAAAACGAGGGGACACAUCACAUGUUAAGUAGAGAGCAACUUCAUGACCUAAACAAAAACUUUACUAAAUCUAAGGAAAACUAUGAUUCUACCCAGCCCUUUGAAUUAAAUGUCAUGGAGAAUGAAAUUGAGAAGCUCACUCAAAAAGAAAUAAUAGAAAACUUUGGUGAUAAGCAACAGCUUGGAGAUUAUAGAAUGCAUGGGGUUUUUGAUGAGCUCCCAGUUUUGGAGACAGAAGUCCGAAAAUCACCAGAGCAGUCUCUUAAAGAAACUAACAAAAAAUCUCCUGAGCUUGGUAGUAAUGAAAUUGUUGUAAACAAAGGUUGUCAAGAUGAAAACAAUGCCAUGUCAAUGAAAUCUGGUGACCUGUCCGAGUCCCAACUGUGUGAGUUAGUUGCCGACAACUUUGACAUGAACAUGCUGGACGAUGAACAGCUCCAGGACACAGAGGAAGACAUGGCAUUUGGAGAGUCUCUCAGCCAUGGCAAAGCCCGGGCUGUGGAUGCCAUAGAUAAGAUGAUAGUGGAAGGAGAGCAAGGGGUUCAAAGAAUAACAGGCGAACUCUCGCUGAUCAACAAACAGCUGUUGAAGAUGAAACGAAGGAUAGAGAUGGCUCGUCAAGUAAUUGCACAGGUGCCAGUACCGCAGGAAAAUAGGUCAAGGUUCAGCUCGCUGGGAAGUUUUGGAUUUUUUAAAUGAUCUUCCAAUGACUCUGGAACCGGAAAUGUACUUACAAUACUUUCAUAGGGCAGAUUUAACUUCUUAUUGAAAGAUAACAUUCAAUUUUAGCAAGUCUUUACAGCAGGUUUAUUUAAGUUAUGUUUUAAAUUCGUUUUACUAUUUGUGUUUGAGGGUUUUUGUUAUUUGGGUAAAAGAAAUUUGCAUUCCCAUGAAUUAGUGUUAAAUUAUUGUUAUGUCUUGGAUUUUAAAUAAUAAAAUCCUUUAAGUUAUAAUUCUUUGUUAAUUGUACCGGUAUUUACUUAAAAUGGCUGGUAGACUUCUCUCCUUUUCACUGUCAUUGUCAUCAGCACAUAAUAUUUGCCUAAAAAUGCAGUCAUUUUUUUUUAUAUUUUCAUUUUUUUGUUACACAGAG